AUGAGCGACGAACUUUGGAACGCAGCCGGGGAGGAGAAAUGGGCGCUUCGAGUGGCGCUGGUGUUGUUACGUGAAUACGCGUUGGGGGCGGAGAGCGCGUUCGCGGCGUACUUGAAGCAACUUCCGGAGACGUUCAAUUUGAUCGGGUCGUACUCCGAGGACGAAGUGCGAGCGUUGCAGUACCCGAUUGGGGAGAAGAUUGCGCGGGAACAGCGCGAUGAGAACGCGGAGGCGAUUAGACUGGUGAGGAAACACGCGGCCAAAGGCGGGGCUUUGGCGUCCUUGUCGGAUGAGCGCAUCGUUUGGGCGCUUGAUAACGUGCGCUCGCGCGUAUUUAGUGGACGACUGGUGGAUGACGCGAAGCUGCGCGCGAAAUUACUACCGCGCUCACUCGCGGUGGGGAUGUGCUUCGCGACUUUCAUGACGGCACCGUCGGCGGAGGGUCGAUGGUUGGCCGUGUUCGCCGUCUUGGCGUUGACGGUUUUUGAUUCGACGAGCAACAGCGAUCGCGAUAGCAAGACAGCAUACGUGCUCAUGCCGCUCAUCGACGCGUUGAAUCAUAAAACGAUGCUCAAGACGGAGUUUGAGUUUAGCGGCGGUGCGUUCGUGUUACGUUCGCCGAGAGAAUAUAAGACUGGCGAAGAAGUGUUCAUCUCGUACGGCGUGUUGAACAACGACGAGUUGAUCACACGCUACGGAUUCGUCGAUUCCGACAACGUCGCGGACGUCUAUCGGUUUGAGGGAUUUCUACCAUUUUUGCAGGCCAAUCACGAGCCGAUGAAGCGUGCGCUCGGUGCCGACUCGAAGCGUCUUGCCACACUCAAGCGCACGCAUCCCGAACUCGACGAAGCGCUCUGGAAUGCGAAUUUCAUCUCGGACGGAACCGCCGAAGACAAGCUUCUGUGGGCGCUCAGAGCCGUUCUCGCGACUCCGGAAGAAUUCGCCAAGGCAAACGGGGUAGACGGGUUUAAACUCGGAGGGGGCGCGCCCGAAAAGCGCGCCGCGGACGCCAUCCAAGCCGCCGUCUCGGCGCGAUUAGCGGAAUACCCCACCACCCUCGAAGAAGACGCCGAACAAUUGAAAUCGGCGAGUGGGAACAUGGCCACAGCCAUCGCGUUCCGCAUCCGCAAGAAGCGCAUCUUGAGCGACGCGAGUCGAAUUUACCAAACGUAA